AAGCCAGAAGUGACGUAAACAUCAGCUGCUGUUUUGGUGCCACAGGAUAACAGAUUCACUCUGUAGUGCCACAAGAUAACAGUCAGCUGCUGUAGUGCCACAGAAGCUUUGUAAUACGUGCAGUGUGCAUGACGGUUCUUUCUGAUGCGAGCGCCAGUUAUAGUGCGAGGCGCGACGUAGAAGACCACAGCUGCUGUGUUUUCGAGAUGGGAUUGAAGAAAAAGAUGCUUUAAGCAUUUGGGUGUACCUACCAAGAUUACUCUUGCAAACCAAAAUGUCAUUCAACGGCAUCUUGCGAAGAGCGUCAAGCUUUUUGGGCAUAACCUAUUCUGAUAACUCCAAGCCAGCUUAUGAAGAUGGAGAUAUUGUUUUCUGUAAGAACAAUGUUUGUGUACACCCUCCCUCACGUUAUCGUGGAGAUGGAGAAAAGGUACACCAUCCUGGUUACUUGGUUAUCAAGUGUCAAGCAGAUAUGACUCAUGGAACCACACUGCACCUGAACUGGAUUCCCAAUGAGCGUCUUCGACGGAAUCAUGACCUUAUUUCUCAAAUGAACACUGAGGGAAGCAGUCGCAGUAAUUCUCCAUAUCCAACAUCAGACUCUGAAUCAAUGUCUGUCUCUUCUUUGGUAUUACAUGAUAGCAGUGGUACAUUAAGAAAAACUUCAUUUGAUGAUGCUGCUACAAUGUCUACGUCUGGUAUCUCCACCUUGGAUACGACUAGUGAAGUUACACAGUCCAAGGGUGAGGCUAGUCCCAAUAGUGAUGGAAACAUUAGUGAUGGCCAACAGAAAUAUGUUGAAGAUGAUGGUGAUGAAGCAAAGCAAGACAAAGGUGAGAGGGAUAAUGAAAUAAAAGAAGGCAAUGAUGAGGUAACUUGUGAUACAGAAGAAGGUAAAGAAAUUUCUGAUAAAGUUAACGAGAACAUAUGUAAACACAAUACAAAUGAUAUACAGAAAGAAUGGCAGCUACCAGACAAUGAGCAAAGUGAGACUGUUUCAGUUUUAAAAGAAGGUUCAGAACUCGCCAUCAAUAAAAUUAGUGAAGAUAAUACCCAUGAAGAAAACAGAGUGUCUGUUCCUCUUAGUUCUGUUAUUAACGAAGAAACAGAUGAUGGUGAUGACAUAGUUGAUGGCCAGAAGUGCCGAUAUAUAUCCUCUUCAGACAGCAGUUCAGACGGGGACAAACUAGGAGAAAGUUUAACCAUCACAGAGACGAUACAAAGCUCAAGUUCUCUGGGACAACUCACGAGUGAAAGAGAAGAUAGCUUGGAAUCAUCUCCUGAACCACAUUUGACUCCACCUCACUACUUCACUGCUGGUAAUGGAGAACAGUAUUGGUAUGAAAGAAGUGCAGAAUCGAUGGCCUAUUCUGCCAACUUAGCUUUCCCAGAUUCAUCAUUGUCCUCAUUCUGCCCAACUCCUGUUGAUGGAGGAUCGUCUCCAGUCAGAAGAGAGCACAAGUGUGGCAUCUUCAGUAUUGAUGUCAGGCAGAGUAAGUCUCUCCGACUUUUCUUCAGUGAUCAAGACCAUACUUGUGGCCAGUUAGUAAUUGCCAGCCGGGAGAGCCAAUACAAGAUCUUUCAUUUUCAUUAUGGAGGCCUAGACAAGCUGGCAGCAGUAUUUGAAGACUGGAACUUUUUAAUCAAACCCAGGGAUGAGGAGUGUUCAACACCAGAAGCAGCACUUAAGCAAUUUCUUGUUUGCAUGCCUCACGUCAGUGAAUCUGAACUUCAUCCAGAAGAGGGCCAACACAAAUGCUUAGAUCCUGAAACUUGGAUCACCUACUUUAAUGAGGAAGGUCAAAUAGAGGAUGAUCUUGCACUUCGGAGAGCUAUUUUCUUUGGUGGUGUGGAACCUGAGCUGAGAGCUAAUGUGUGGCCCUUCCUGCUUCAUUAUUAUGAUUUCCGUACGACAUUUGACCAGCGCCAAGCUAUUAUGGAGGAAAAACAUCAACUCUAUCAUAAGAUCAACACCGUGAGAGAGAGCAUGUCUGGUGAAGACCUGGAUUGGUUCAGGAGAAACGUUCAGUGCACUGUGGAAAAAGAUGUUGUGCGCACUGAUCGAUCCAACCCUUGUUUUGCUGGCAAUGAUAAUCCAAAUUUGGAGAAGAUGAAGAAAAUUCUCUUAAACUUUGCUGUGCAUAACCCAGUCAUGGGGUAUACACAAGGAAUGUCUGAUAUUCUAGCCCCAAUAUUGGCUGAAGUGCGUAAUGAAGCUGAUGUAUUCUGGUGUUUCACUGGUCUUAUGAGUAAGACUAUCUUUGUAACAUCACCCAAAGAUGAGGACAUGGAAAAGAACUUGAGUUACUUACGAGAGUUAUUGCGAAUAAUGACACCACGCUUCUUCAGUCACAUGGCCAAACAACAAGAUGGGAUGGAUCUGCUCUUCUGUCAUCGUUGGAUACUCCUUUGUUUCAAGCGAGAGUUCUCAGAGGACCAGGCUAUGGCUAUGUGGGAGGCAUGUUGGAGUAACUAUCAGACUGACUACUUUCACCUCUUCCUGGUGGUAGCCAUUGUUAGCAUGUACGGAAAUGAUGUUGUGGAUCAGAAUCUUCGACCAGAUGAGACCUUAUUAUACUUCACUUCAUUAGCUAAUCAUAUGGAUGGCCAGAUGGCACUAAAGAAGGCUCGGGGUCUUCUUCAUCAGUACCGAAGCAUGAACUACUUGCCUUGCACACUGGUGGGGCUGUGUGAACUUUGUGGCCCAGGAAUGUGGGAUUCUGGGCAUGUACCAGUUGUGGCAUGUGUUGGGCAUCCAGAUGAUAAACCAUGCCCCCUUAACCAGUCAACUGCCACUGCAAACACUUCCUCCAGCACUGCUUCUUGACACACCACCAGGAAAGUGUUCCAUCAGUUGGUUUUGUGUAAGUGAGAUAGAAGGGAAAAUAAAAGAUACCAAUACAGUAAUGGUGAAAGAUAUAAUUAUUUAAUAAAGUAAUUUAACUGUAUUAGAAGAAUAAGGUAGCAUUUGAAAAAUAUAUUAAAAAUUGUGAAUACUACUUUACAAAUAAUAUUCAUCAAUGAUAGAUCUGUCAUCCUUUAGCAGUUCAUAAAAUUUAAUUCUAAAGAAAUUUUCUGAAGAGUUCUCCUACACUGUUCUGAUGAACAUGAUGGGGAAAGCAAGAGGAUGAGAGUAUUGCAAAAAAUACUAGGCAUACCACUUCAAUUAAUGCCUAACUAAGAUAAGCUCUUCAAUUUUAUAAAAAAAAAAGUCAUAAUAGGGAAGAUAAAUUAUAAUACUACAUGGGAGAAAACCUCAGAACUUAUAUGCAACUUAAGCAGAAACAAUUGAAAAAUCUUCGUACAUACUGUAUCUGGACCAAGUGUUUUAGCCUCCUAUAGUUAGUGAUGUUGCCAGACAUCAUUAGACCAGUUAGUGUACCAGGAUGAGGAUGUGAAGAUCUGGGGACAAUACAAGAACAAAUGUGUUGAAAUACAGAUUUUUUUUUUUUAAAUAGAAGUCUUUUAGCAGUUGAAUUGCAUUAUGUGAAGGACAUAGCAGUUUAAGGCAAGAAUAGUAAAAAUAAUGUACUAACUUUGUCUUUCUGCAUUCUCUUUACUAUUCUAGAUUUUUUAUAGAAUUGCAUGAGUUAGUUUAGCAAAUAAAGUAUAUAGUAUUGCUAGAAAGAACCAACCAAUGAGACAAAUACUAAACUCCUAAACAGAAGAAAAUAUUGUUUCAUUAAUCAUAUGAUGAUGGUACUGUUAAAAACUGUUUAAUAUAAAGUACUCUCAUGCAGUAACUCAGUAUAAUUGCUUAAAAUAAAGGAAAAUUUUUGAUCAAGUAUUCAAGUGAAAUUAAAGCAAUACAUAAUUUUCAGAUCUACAAUAUGAGACAUUGCUCAUUUAUUUUGAUUGGAAAUUGUGCUAAUGUUGAGUACAUUUGAUAAUUAAUUUUGGUGUUAAACUCUGCAAUAAGAAAAGCUUCUAAUUUUAGGGUUACUUAAUACCAUUUAUAUUAAACACUUGUGAUGAUUUUUAGUGGAAUUCAUAAAUAAAAGAAGAAGUUUAGAAGAAGUUUAUUUUGGUAUUUUCUCUCCAGUAAUUUCUUUGUAUUAGCAUUUCAUGAUAUUUGCAUUUGUUUGAUAUUCCUUAGUGUUAAUGCAACUAACGCUGGAUGCUGUUUACGGUAUUACAUGAACAUCCUGCAGCACCCUCAUUUCUGUAAAAAAUACUGUACAAUUUACUCUUUCAAUACUUCUCUGCCUGGUGCCUGUUUCACUUUGAAACAAGGCACCACUCUGUAGACAUAUGAAAUUCAACAGGCACUUAAUUUCUGAAAGGCUUACCUCUUUUUGAGCAACAGAUGGGAUUACCGAUAUGUUGAAUACACACUGCUGCUAUGGUGGUACAGUUGUUGAUCUGCGGUCUCCAGUGCUCCUUAAACAGUUUGCUACUUUCAUGAUUUUGUGGAAUUCUCAUUUCAUCUUGUACUUACUUUGUGGUGAAAAUUGAUGUGCAUUAUAUUCUUAUACCAAAAAGAAGUCAUGCUGAUCUUACUACUGUAAAUCUUAUAAUUCAGAAUGGGAUUUGAGGCACAUUAUUUUGAUGUUGCAGCAAUAUUUUUAAUUAAAAAAAGUUUGGAACAUUCUCUUACUAUUUUUUUUCAUCACUGAAGUCAGGAAGAUAUUAUCAAGUAUCAAGGCUUCUCUCUGAAGUUAACAUCCACAUGACUUCAUUCAGAUUGACAGCACAUAUUUUAAACAAUCAAAACUUUGAACAUAAUACAGUACUUAGAAUGAUAUCCUUUUGUAUAAAAUGAAUCAACCAUGAAGAUGUCUUUUGACCUUUACUAUUGAAUUGGUUAAUAAAGUCAGAGCAUAAAAUGUUUAUUUCUUCAAAAUGCUCCAUACUGUAUACUGUUUAUGAAGACAUCUUUUGACAUAAAACAUUAGGUGCUUCUGUGGGACAGAUAUCUAUUGUUUCCUUGUUCUCCUCUAAAAAUAGUAUUGGAUCUAUCUCACUUCAUGGUAGAUUCUUAGAUAUUGGUGAAGGGUUCUUGAUCAGAGGAAUUGAAGCUAUCCUUCCCUUCUUUGGAUGAAAUCUGAUUGCCUUCUAUUCCUCAAAUACUGUAGGUUUAGUGCUUCUCUAUGAAUAUAAAAAUAGUAAUAAUAAUUUUAAAUAAAAAAUUGGAUAUCAGAUUAGAGGGAGAGAGUAUGGAGGAAAUAACAAAAAGGCACAAUACCGUGACUGAUUUGUAGUAAAAGAUUGGAUAUCAGAUUAGAAGGAGGGAGUAUGGAGGAAAUAACAAAAAGGCUUGUGACUACAUUUUAGUCCAACUUGGACCAUUUACAAAGUCACACUAACAAAAAGGAUAGGAGGGAGUAUAUAUAGGCCAGCAGACAGGGACGAGACAAAAGAGGUAGUAGGAAAGGAAGAAGAGAGGUCGUGCUAAAGGUAGUAGUAGUAGUGGAGUCAGUCAAAGACUAAGAAAGAGAACACAGGGGAGGAAAAAGUAUUAAUGGAUCAAAUACCCAAGGCAGAAGAAAGAAAAUCCAAAGGAGAAAGAGGAAAGGGAAAGAGGGAGAAGGGGAAAAAGAAUCAGGUUAAGUCACGGGUAUUCUGAAGUUUGGACCAUUUUACAAUGUAAUGGGAAAGAGGGCAUCUUCAGAGACAAAUCCAGGACUAAGAUUCACACAAGGAAAGUUGUGUAUAAGGGAUGAUUCAACCAGAUGGCAUCUGUGAAAGUUAGAAGUAGCCUAGACAGUUUUAGCAGAAGACCAGUCAAUAGGAUGACUGUGAUCUCUGACAU